AUGCCCGCAAACGGCACCAACGGGUCUCUUGCCCACUACCACGCGGCCUCGACGGCUGAGGCCAUCCAGGCUGAGAAGGACUAUGCGGCGCACAACUACCACCCGCUCCCUGUCGUCUUUGCCCGGGCCCAGGGCACCUCUGUCUGGGAUCCCGAGGGCCGUCACUACCUGGACUUCCUGUCUGCCUACUCCGCCGUGAAUCAAGGCCACUGCCACCCCAAGCUGGUCGCGGCGCUGGUCGACCAGGCCUCGCGCGUGACGCUGAGCUCGCGCGCCUUUUACAAUGAUGUUUUCCCUCGCUUUGCCCAGUUUGUCACUAGCUACUUCGGCUUCGACAUGGUGCUGCCCAUGAACACCGGUGCGGAGGCCGUUGAGACCGGUAUCAAGAUCGCUCGCAAGUGGGGAUACAAGGUCAAGGGCAUUCCGGAGAACAAAGCAGUCGUGCUGAGCGCUGAGAACAACUUCCACGGCCGAACAUUCGCUGCUAUCUCUCUCUCCUCCGACCCCGAGUCGCGUGAGCACUACGGCCCUUACCUGCCCGGCAUUGGCUGCACCAUCCCUGGCACCGAGAAGCCCAUUGCGUACAACGACAAGGCGGCUCUGCGCGAGGCCUUCGAGGCCGCCGGUCCUAACUUGGCUGCUUUCCUCAUCGAGCCCAUCCAGGGCGAGGCCGGUAUUGUCGUUCCCGACGAGGACUAUCUGAAGGAGGCUCGUGCCCUAUGCGACAAGUACAAUGCCCUUUUGAUCUGCGAUGAGAUCCAGACCGGCAUUGCCCGUACUGGUAAGCUGCUGUGCCACGAGUGGAGCGGAAUCAAGCCCGAUCUGGUCCUGCUCGGCAAGGCCAUCUCGGGUGGUAUGUACCCCGUCUCGUGUGUGCUGGGCCGUAAGGACGUCAUGCUCACGAUCGAACCUGGCACCCACGGUUCGACCUACGGUGGUAACCCCCUUGGUUGUGCCGUCGCUAUCCGGGCCCUUGAGGUGGUGCAAGAGGAGCAGAUGGUUGAGCGGGCAGAGAAGCUCGGCCACAUCUUCCGACAGGGCCUGGAGGCACUGCAGAGCCCGUUGAUCCAGACCGUGCGCGGAAAGGGUCUGCUCAACGCCAUUGUGAUUGACGAGUCCAAGGCCAACGGCCACUCGGCCUGGGACCUGUGCAUGCUGAUGAAGGAGAAGGGUUUGCUGGCCAAGCCCACUCACCAGAACAUCAUCCGUCUGGCCCCGCCGCUGGUCAUCACCGAAGAGGAGAUCCAGCAGGCUUUGAACAUCAUCCGGGACGCCGUGACCGAGCUGCCUACCCUGCAGGGCACAGACGAGGACAAGGUAAUUCCUCCACCGGAGAAGAAGGUCAAGAUCGGCGUUGAGAACUGA